GCGUCACCUCACAAGCACAAUUCGCGACUCGUCAUGGAUCAUGCCAUCGCUUACAACGUCCACGUCGUCCUUCUCUCAUUCAUCCAGCUCGUGUCGGUCGUGAUGGCAGUGAUGGGCUGGAUAGCUAUCGGUGAGGUGAAUAGGGCUAUGUCUGUCUUCCCUGUCGUUAUCCUAGCCCUGUUGGGAACGGUGACAUGGACAGCGGCCGUGUAUAUCACGAUCAUCAACUAUACAGCUACCGCUCGACGGGAAGAAAAGGUUGUCGGCGCCGACUUGGCUAUCAAGAUCUUCACUCCUCUCUGGGUGCUGACUCUCAUCGGCACGGCAGUCCUGACCGACAGAAUCAAGCGGACCUGGUGCAACUGGGGAAGAUUCUGCAACGAGGCAGCGGCAACUCGAACCGCAGGCUGGAUAGUGUUCGUACUAAUCACUCUGGAGAUCCUGUUCAUGCUAUACGUUCGACGCUUCCCUGACUGGAACGCCCGUGCAAUCGGGACUGGCGGGCACCAUCUCAUCGCUUCCGGAGACGAGGAGUCGAGUCCGGCUUAUCGUGACGAGUCUGAUAGGGACCGUUCCGGGGUCAUCAGUAGUCCAUCCAAGCAUUUACGUGUUGGUCUCUGAGACUGUAUUAUGCGAGAAGACUGUAGGAACUCGUCGACAUUGUCCACCUAACGUCGUCGUAGUCCGCAUGAUGCUGUACAUGUUACACUAUCAGCCGACACGCUUCCGGCUGGGAUAACAGGUCGCCACGUCCUGUCUCGAUGUUUCAAGGACUUGCAGCAGCUAUACGGAAGAGGAUAGUGUUGACAGGGCGCAGCCGAGUAGUAUGUAACACCACGCACGCUAUAUAUCAUAUGCGGUAACAUGCU